AUGGAAGAUAGCCGAUUAGGAAUCCCAGUAGCAUUUCCAGAUCUAAUAGCCACGAUACUACAACUCCCAGACCGGGUAGUGCUAGUAGUGUCGGUCUAUGUAGAGGGGAACAGUGAGGAAGCAUUAACAUCCACUAUUAGAUUGCUACGCAGCCUAGUAGCGGAUAUCCAGGGUAGGGGAGGAACACAGACAGAUAUGUUGAUAAUAGGAGACUUCAACAAGCAUGACCAACUCUGGGGAGGAGACAAGAUAUCUUCUGCAAGACAGGGAGAGGCCGACAAUCUAAUUGACUAUAUGAGCGAAAACUCUCUACACAGCCUCCUACCUAGAGGCACGAAAACAUGUACUAGCAUCAACAGAGCUAGUAGAAGAGAUGAUCAUUCAGCAAUUGAGACGGAGUUUGACAUAUCAGUUCCAGAUCGACCAGUCAAUGAGAGGCUACUCUUGAAAAAUGCGCCUUGGGUUGAGAUCAGAUCCAGAGUAGCCAGCAAUCUACAGGUGGUUCCUCUAGGCGGCUCUGUACAAGAGCAGAUGGACCGUCUCAUAACAGUGAUCACAAAAGCAGUCCUGGAGCUAACACUGAAAGCAAAGCCCUCACUAUACGUCAAGCGAUGGUGGACAACAGAUCUAAUAUAA